AUGUCUGAUCAAGACGUUUAUCAAAAUAAAUACAGUGAAUUGCGGAAUAUUUUUAAGUACUAUAUUGAUUCAGAUAAUGCAUUGUAUCAGUUAAAAACGGAAAAAGAAGAAGAAAUAACCUCGAUUUACAAAAUGAUCAAAACAGAGCUCAUUGAUUCAAAGAAAUAUACUCCGAAAAAGGUCAUAAAUGAUAUUUUAUCCAUCAUUCCGUAUAAUAAUCGCUAUACUAAGUCAUACUUGGAAAUUGCUAAACAUUUAUCUGAUGAAUAUCAUGUUACAGAGGUCGACAAAGAAAGACUUACUUCAAACUCCGUGUUUUAUGGUGUAUAUUUCCAAAGUAGUUGUUUUAAUUUUUCAGAUUAUCAAUCAGAAAAUACAAUUUAUGGAUCAAUUAUGCGUAAUGACAAAGAAAAAUUCAUCUGCUUUACUGAAAGAGAAGGAUUUGAUAAAUCACAAAAAAUUACAAGUAGCUUAUUUCCCUUACACAAAGAAUAUUCAUUAUUAGAAUUAUGUUGUUUUUACGGAGCAGUUGAUUGUUUCAAACUCUUAAGAACGAAGUUUAACUCAGAAAUAACUAAAACAUGCCUAAAUUUUUCAUUUUUAGGUGGAAAUCAAGAGAUUAUGAGUGAAUGUUUGAAACAUCAAGAACCAGAUAAUGAAUGCAUGAGUUAUGCAAUUAUUUCACACAACAUUGAUUUUGUUACAUAUUUAAUGAAUGAAUACAAUAUAAAGAUCGACUUAUAUGAUUGUGGAAAAUAUAAUAAUCUCGAAUCACUUUUAGUUUAUUUUGAUCAAACUAAUGAUGUUAAAACAUGCUUUAUUUUUUCAAUAAAGUAUAAUAUUCUACCUCUUUUCGAAUAUUUCAUUUCACAUGGCGUAGAUAUCUAUGGAAAUAUGAAUGACAAAGAUGAAGAUAAAAUAGUUGCUAUUCAUUAUGCAGCAAAAUAUAGUAAAGAAAUAGUCGAACUUCUUAUUUCACGUGGUGCAGAUAUCAAUAUAAAAGAUAAAGAUGAAAAAACUGCUCUUCAUCACGCAGUAGAAUAUGGUAAUCAAGAAACAGCCGAACUUCUUAUUUCACAUGGUGCAAAUAUCAAUGAAAAAGAUAAAGAUGGGAAUAGUGCUCUUUAUUAUGCAGCAGAAAUUAAUAGUGAAAAAAUAGCCGAACUUCUUAUUUCACAUGGUGCAAAUAUCAAUGAAAAAUACUAUUAUGAAAAAACAGCUCUCCAUGUUGCAGCAGAAAAUAAUAAUAAAAAAAUAGUCGAACCUCUUAUUUCACAUGGCGCAAAUGUCAAUGAAAAAGAUAAAUAUGGAAGAACUGCUCUUCAUUUUGCAGCAGAAUAUGAUUACCACAAAACAAUCAAAAUACUUAUUUCACAUGAUGCAAAUAUCAAUGAAAAAGAUAAAGAUGGGAAUACUGCUCUUUAUUAUGCAGUAAAAAAUAAUAAUAAAGAAACAAUCAAACUUCUUAUUUCACAUGGUGCAAUAAUCAAUGAAAAAGAAUAA